CUUUACGAACCUAGAGCAGCGCCGCUCCGCCUCCUGUCUCCCUCCUCACCUCCCCGCCCCCUCCCAGUUUCGCAUCUCCUAGCCCGACGCUCCCGCUAUAAUCACGUGAUUGCCUCAUCCGGGUCCUUUGCGUUCUCUCUCCCUCUCCCAACAUGGCGGCCUCAGCAAAAAAGAAGAAUAAGAAGGGGAAAACUAUCUCCCUAACAGACUUUCUGGCUGAGGAUGGAGGGACUGGGGGAGGAAGCACCUAUGUCCCCAAACCAGUCAGCUGGGCUGAUGAAACAGAUGACCUGGAAGGAGAUGUUUCAACCACUUGGCACAGUAAUGAUGACGACGUGUAUAGGGCACCUCCAAUUGACCGUUCUAUCCUGCCCACUGCUCCACGGGCUGCUCGGGAACCCAAUAUCGACCGGAGCCGUCUUCCGAAAUCGCCACCCUAUACUGCUUUUCUAGGGAACCUGCCCUAUGAUGUGACAGAAGAAUCCAUUAAGGAAUUCUUUAGAGGAUUAAAUAUCAGUGCAGUGCGUUUACCUCGUGAACCCAGCAAUCCAGAGAGGUUGAAAGGUUUUGGUUACGCUGAGUUUGAGGACCUGGAUUCUUUGCUCAGUGCCCUGAGCCUCAACGAAGAGUCUCUAGGUAACAGGAGAAUUCGAGUGGACGUUGCUGAUCAAGCACAGGAUAAAGACAGGGAUGAUCGUUCUUUUGGCCGAGAUAGAAAUCGGGAUUCUGACAAAACGGAUACAGACUGGAGGGCGCGUCCUGCCACAGACAGCUUCGAUGACUACCCGCCGAGGAGAGGUGAUGAUAGCUUUGGAGACAAGUAUCGAGAUCGUUAUGAUUCAGAUCGAUACCGCGAUGGGUAUCGGGAUGGGUAUCGUGAUGGCCCACGCCGAGAUAUGGAUCGAUACGGGGGCCGGGAUCGCUAUGAUGACCGAGGCAGCAGAGACUACGACAGAGGCUACGAUUCCAGGAUAGGCAGUGGCAGAAGAGCAUUUGGUAGUGGGUACCGUAGGGAUGACGACUACAGAGGAGGCGGGGACCGCUAUGAAGACAGAUACGACAGACGAGACGAUCGGUCAUGGAGCUCCAGAGAUGAUUACUCUCGGGAUGACUAUAGGCGUGAUGAUAGAGGUCCCCCUCAAAGACCCAAACUGAAUCUAAAGCCUCGGAGUACACCUAAGGAAGAUGAUUCCUCUGCUAGCACCUCCCAGUCCAGUCGAGCGGCCUCUAUCUUUGGAGGGGCAAAGCCUGUUGACACAGCUGCUAGAGAGCGAGAAGUAGAAGAGCGGCUGCAGAAGGAGCAGGAGAAGCUGCAGCGCCAGCUGGAUGAGCCAAAACUAGACCGUCGGCCCCGGGAGAGACACCCAAGCUGGCGAAGUGAAGAGACUCAGGAACGAGAACGGUCCAGGACAGGAAGUGAGUCAUCGCAGACUGGGACCUCGGCCACAUCUGGCAGAAGUAAGUCAGACCAGGAUGCACGAAGGAGAGAGAGUGAAAAGUCUCUAGAAAAUGAAGCACCCAGUAAAGAGGAAGACUGUCACUCUCCAACUUCCAAGCCUCCCAAAUCUGAACAGCCUCUGAAGGUAAUGCCAGCCCCUCCGCCAAAGGAGAAUGCUUGGGUGAAGCGAAGUUCCAACCCUCCUGCUCGAUCGCAGAGCUCAGACACAGAGCAGCCAUCCCCUACCAGUGGUGGGGGGAAAGUAGUUCCAGCUCAACCACCUGAGGAAGGACCAGCAAGGAGAGCAGAUGAAAACAAAGUAGAUGGGGUGAGUGUCCCAAAAGGCCAAAGUGGGAACUCCAGCCGUGGCCCAGGAGACGGAGGGAACAAGGACCACUGGAAGGAGUCAGAUAGGAAAGAUGGCAAAAAGGAUCAAGACUCCCGAUCUGCACCUGAGCCAAAGAAACCUGAAGAAAAUCCAGCUUCCAAGUUCAGUUCUGCAAGCAAGUAUGCUGCUCUCUCUGUUGAUGGCGAAGAUGAGAACGAGGGAGACGAUUACACCGAAUAGACCUCUGCAUCCUGUGCUUUCUCCUAGUCUCUCCACCCUGGAACAUUCGAGAGCAAAUCAAACCUCUAUCCAGACAAGACAAUAAAACUCACCAUCUCCUGGAGACCUUUCUUAACUUUUUUUUAAAAAAACAAAAAACAAAA